GCGGCGGCGGGCAGGCGCUCAGUCGGGCCGGGAGCUGACGGCCGCCGGAGCGGGAGGCGGCCGGGGGCAGGUGAAUGGUGUUCAUCCAGAAUGCAGGUUUCAUCUGGAGAUUCACAAGGAGGAAACAAGGUGCAUGGAACUGCUGAAGACUGCAAAGCCAGUGGACAACAAAGGAUGUGUUGGAGUUUGGGAUAACAUCACCUGUUGGCGUCCUGCAAAGAUUGGAGAGACUGUCACUGUCCCUUGUCCAAAAGUAUUUAGCCUUAUUUCUGGAAAACCAGGAAAUAUUAGCAAAAAUUGUACGAGUAACGGAUGGUCAGAUAUUUUCCCUGACAUCUUAAGUACAUGUGGAUAUAAUGACUAUGAGGAUGAUUAUAAGGUCAACUUCUACGUAAGGGUGAAGGCAAUUUAUACUCUUGGGCACAGUGUAUCCCUGAUUGCUCUUACAACAGGAAGUAUAAUUCUUUGCCUUUUCAGAAAACUUCAUUGUACUCGGAACUACAUCCAUCUGAACCUGUUCCUCUCUUUCAUUCUAAGAGCCAUCUCUGUUUUAGUCAAGGAUGAUAUUCUCUAUUCCAGCUCCAACACAGCUCAGUGUCCAGAGGAUCAAACCUCAUGGGUGGGCUGCAAGGCUAUUUUGGUGUUUUUUCAGUAUGGUGUUAUGGCAAACUUUUACUGGCUCUUAGUUGAAGGACUUUACCUGCACAUCCUCCUUGUGUUAAUAUUCUCCCCAAACAGACACUUCACGAUUUACCUGCUAAUUGGAUGGGGAAUUCCUACCAUAUUCAUUAUUACAUGGACAGUGACACGGAUCAUUUUAGAGGACACUGGUUGCUGGGAUACAAAUGAGCAUGGUGGUCCCUGGUGGGUUAUACGCAUACCAAUUUUAAUUUCUAUUAUAGUGAAUUUUAUACUUUUCAUUAGUAUUAUAAGAAUCUUACUGCAGAAGUUACGAUCCCCAGAUGUUGGAGGAAAUGACCAGUCACAGUACAAGAGACUUGCAAAAUCCACGUUGUUGCUUAUUCCGUUAUUUGGAGUUCACUACACAGUGUUUGCUCUAUUUCCUGACCGCAGUUCCAAUACUUAUAAAAUAAUCUUUGAGCUGUGUUUGGGAUCUUUUCAGGGGCUGAUUGUUGCAGUCCUGUAUUGUUUUUUGAACAGUGAAGUGCAAGGGGAGCUGAAAAGAAAAUGGCGGAGUUUGUGCUGGAAGCAGACGGCGGGCAGAGAUUACAGACUCCACAGCUCUUCCAUUUCCCGAAAUGGGUCAGAAAGCGUUUCUCAGCUCCACCGGAAUUCAAGGGCUCAGUCAUUUAUGCAGACAGAGACCACCAUGAUAUAAGUCAGAUACGUCCCCCAAAACAUGAAAAACUGUGGGAUAUAUGUCAUUCAUUUUACAGCUUGAUGUGAUAAUUUUAUAAAAUGUACAGUUUAGUGCUUUGCUUUUCUACAUGUUGGUAUUUGGGAAAUUGGUUUGUGCAGACAACCAGUUCAUAAGACACCUGCCCCAUGGAUGCUUUCUGGUUUUUUUAAAUGGUAUUCCUAUUAAUUCUGGUAUUCUCCUGCAGUUUACUAGCUGUAACUAUUCAAAAACUCAUAUACUAUACUGGUCCUUUUACCCUCCAACAUGUCUAAAAGAUAGAUGUAUGGUGUCCUGUUUUGGUACAUGCUGAAACUGUUAAGAUGGGAAACAAGAAAAUUCCUUACACUUUAUUUAUACUUAAGGAAACAUUUAUUUCCUUAAGGAUUAGGAAAUUCUUUCCUAAUUAUGGAAAACAAAAUAAAAAUAAAGAAAUGUAAGACUAUAAUUAACCACACUGGGAUUUUAGUGUGCUAAUCCAGGAAAUCAUUAACAUUAUACAGAGGGAAAAAAGGUAGUACUUCUCAGCUAAUUGUAUACAUUUCAGAGAUUUCUCUCUACAGAGUUCAAUUUUAAUCCUGCUUUUCCUUUCAAAAGUGCCUGGGUUUAUGUUUAGGUGCAGAAAGUGGGGCUACCUUUGCAGUCCAUACAGAAAAGGUUACUGUAAUAGUUUUGAUGAAAGCAUUAUAAUUUUGCAAUAACGUUAUUGCAAUCACCGGUUGUUUUUUUCUCUUUAAAAUCAAAAAGAUUUGUGUUGAACUUUCAUUAAACAUCUUUCUGAAGAGGUGCUUUAUUGCUAGAGCUAUCCGACAUAGGAUAAACAGCCUUGGAUAGCAUAUUACCCAUUGAAAAUAUCAUUUUUAUGUCAUAUUUUCAUUGAAAUAUGUCUCUAGAACUAUAUCCUUGGCAGCUAAAACAAUUAAUAUUGCAAUAAAGUUACAACUCCCAUUUAAGGAAUAAUGUAAAUUCUUUUAGCCCAAUUCUGUUCUGUAUCUAUCUAUCUGAGCUGUUUCAAAAUUUAGUCCUGACCAUGACUCGAGCAAAAAAAAUUAGACAGAAUCCCUAAAAAUUACCAUAAAAGGCAUAAAUAAAAGGAAUUCUAAACAACACCAAGCCUCUUAUAGAGGCAUUUGGUUAAAAAAAAGGCAGAGAACUGACAGAUUCUUAUAAACACACAGAGAACAUUUGCACUCUUUAAAAGAAAUAAACCGGGUGAUGUUUACUGCUCAUGUCACGCUUAACCAUGUCCACUCUAAUUACUUGCAUGAGUACCUCUGAACCGUAAAAAUAAUUGCCCUGAUCUUUCAGAUCACAGAUGUACGGAGCUAGGAGAAUCCACGGUCCAUCCUAUUGCCAGGUAACGGGAAGAACGGCAGGAAGGGCAUGUCUUGGCAGGCGUACAUGUGCACUCUUGAAAAUAUUACCAGUACUGGGGGUAUUGCUGGCAGCUGUCAAUAUGUCCAUACACCUCUUGGUCUGAUUUAAUUUAGCUAUUUAUCAGUCAAACACAAUUUAUUUUAAUGGAAUUACCCUGGAGUGACACAAAGUUAUGUCAGACCAAAGACAGAAAAGGCCCCGUGGUUCACAAGUCACACAAAACAAGUAACUGCGAAUCAUAGAAUCAUAGAAUGGUUAGAGUUGGAAGGGACCUUAAAGCUCAUCGAGUUCCAAUGCCCCCUGGUAUGGGCAGGGACACCUCCCACUAGAACAGGUUGCGUGACACCAACCUUUACAUAGUAGGUAUUAGUUGAAUUAAACAAUAAUCACAUGGCAGUUUUUUACUUUCCCAAAUUUGGGUUUAAAGAAGCUAUUGGUCACCUCCAGUUGUUCAGAGUGUUUUCUGCUGUCACGUGGUGAAGUAACGAUGAGAAUGUGGAGUGAAGCUGCCCAAUGCCAGUCCCAUGGGGUCUAAAGAUACCUCCUACUUAAACUAAAUAUAUUCGCUUUAGACUCAGAAACCACUGCUAAACAUUAGUAUUUUUCCUGGGUCUCUGAACAACCUUAACAAACUCUUAACUGCAAAUAUAUGAAGAUAGAUCGGAGCUUUGUGGGCUGCUCCUACCUAAAUUCAGUAGGUCUGUGCACUUUAGGCUUCUUUAUGUGAAGUGACAUUGGGACUGCUCAGCUCCCUAAGACAUGAUGUGCAGGAGGUACUUUUCCCUCAAAAUUUCUAGGGUAGAAAGGCACACUUGAUGAACAUUCAGGAAAACUCAUCUUUAUGUUCAAAGAAGGUUUGUUGAGUGAGUUGGCACACAGACAGAGGGAUGGUAUAGAAAUAGAGAUUUCAAGCAAUCAGUUCCACCAGUCUGUUCUGCAUGAUGCAUCACCAAUUAUACGUGUUUAUAAUUCAUUGUAUCCUAGGGAAAACUAUCUUUGUUCUAAUUAGAGAGCAUGGAGAAAAUCUGCAUUUUAAUGAAUCCUAGAUUUUAAGACAGAAAACCUUAAAUAAGAAAACACAUUUUAAGAUGCAAUGAAACAGCAUAUUUUCCUUCAGCAGGGCACAGAUGCAUUUGGACUUGAUUCUGCUUCUCAUGUAGGGAGUAAUGCCAUCUGAGGCAAUGAAGUUGCACCAGUGGGAGAACAUAGAUGGUAUCACGAAGUUUGUAAAGGACUAUGCGGGCAUGCAAAGAAUAGCACACAAGGGAGAGAGGUGCUGCAUAUAUUUUUCUUUCAAACCAGUGAAAAGUGCAGUAAUUUGCAGAACCUCACUUCUCUGUUAAAAAUCAUAGAAUCUAAAUACAGAAAAUAUAUUUUCUGUGAGGCAGUUUAACUUCGUAAUACUUUGUGCAAGCAUUUUCAUGUCACUACAGGCCCCUCUGAAAAGCCAGUAGCUCAUCAUGUAAAGUUACUGAAGAAGAAUGGUAAUACAAUUCAUUCUCAUACUGCAGGUAAUUGUUGUACUUUACUUUCCUUGGAGCUGCCAGGGCGGCACCAUUCAUUCUGAGCGAUUUUUAUCAGCAUUACCUGCUGCCUGACGGACACAGCGACAGACUACUCUCCAAUUGCUAACCAUGAUAAAAAUCUAAAUAUAUAGUGAUCAUUGAUUUUAAUUUUCCUCUUCAGAGUCGGUUUCAGCUAGAUGGUCCGUAGACUCAAGUGAAAUCCAUCUGUCCUGGUUUCAGUAUCUAAAAGCUGGAUGUAUGUCUCUGAGCUAAAGAUUCUUUUUAAGUGCCUUCCAAAGUCAUCAGAGAGAAAUAGGCACUAGUUGAAGAUGACUCAUCCCAUGUUCAGCUGGCCAUCUAAGUUAGGUAAGCCAAGUCACCUUUUUCUCUAUGCUUACAAUAAAAUGGCUGGCUAGUAUUUAGAUUUCUCACUCUACAUCUAAAAUUAGGUAAGAUGAAUCUCUCCAGAAGAAUCCAUUCAGUUAUCUGGCUAAUAUUACCCAGAUACUCCUUUUUUAAGACAAGUAACUUGGUUGGGCCAAAGUAAUCCCCCCAAAAAAAGGUACAGGAUGAUUCAAAAAGUUCAGGCAAUGGGAGGAUCCCUCAGUUCACUUGGUAGGGUGCCCCUGUGGUCGACUGCCUUCCGUGAUAGGCAAUGUCCCAUUUGAUUUGCCUGGCUUCAGCUUUCAACAAAUGUUUCUUGAUUUGGGUUAGGUGUUUGGCUUUUUGUCUUUGGUAGAGGAGUCAUACACUACAACAAAGUGCUUUAGACUACCAAAAGUUUUCUUUUUGUGAAAUCUCUUGAAAAUCACUCUAAAUCAUGUAUUGAUUUCCUCUCUGAGAAACUAAACAUAUCAAAUAUUUCAAAUCCUGUCAGCGAGGCAUUUUCUCAAAUAUUCCUCCUCAUUCUCUUCUGUGCCCUGUUCCAUUCAUAACAGCUUCAGCCAAGAGAAGCAAAGGAAUAACAGGGAAAGCAAAGACACCUCCUCCUUGAGGAGUGCACACAACACUGAUCACAUUUCUCACUCCAACUUGCAGCUCACUUGGCCAUUCCUUUGAAAUCUUUGACUUUACAAAGUCAUUUUAACUGACCAGGCCCUGGCUGGUGACACGCAAUGAGAUUAUUGCUGGCAGGUUUUUUGCCAUACAAGCUAGUACCUUUUUAGAAUAUGUUGGCCUUUUAACAAUAUGGGUCAGGUGCAUUAAUGUGCUUUGCAAAAUAACCUUAAGAAUAUGGAGAGCAUCCUUUUAGCCAUUGAAAGCAGUGCUGCCUUUUAUGAAAUUUUAAGAAUUUGGCACGUAUCUAAGUGCAUGCUCCGUGCUGGAGUGCCCAAGAGCCCAGCAGAUCGCAGCUGAGCAGCGUGGUGAUGGGUGCUGCAGGUACCCAGCUGAGAAACUACCCAGUUUAAGCCUACAUUGGAGCUGUACUGUAGUGGCAGGUAACUAAUUAGUGGCACAAAACAUUACAAAAAGCCACCUACAGUCAAGUUGGAGGCAGCCUGCCGCACUCUGUACCAUCUAUGUCAUGUCCUGAUGCAUCCCAGACAGGUUUCCCUCUGCCUUUAACAUGAUGAAGGGGAAAGCCACAGGUAGAGACCCUCAGCAAACCAGAGAAUCUGUCUGGGAUGGCUUGAUGAAAUAAGGCAUUACCAAUUGCAUGUGUCUCACACUCCAUGUGUAAGGACUAGGAUGAGUCUUUUGCAUUAUUUGUCUCCUAUUUUUGUGAGUUUAAAAAAAAACAUGUACUGUUGAAUGUGAGUUUGUCCAUUUCAGCAAAGUGUUUGUGAAUAAAGUUCAAAUUCAUUUUAUACAGAAUUUUUUCCGACAUCUCUAACGAGAAAUCAAGCAGUAAGUAUGUCUGAUAAAAGGAGGAACCAGCAAGUAACCUGCAGAGAAAGCUGCUAUUUGUGUAAGGGUUAUUGUCCGAGCAAUUGCUGUCUGUGCAUAGGGAUUCAGGAAAUACUUUUACUAACAGAAGUACCUUCACAUUACCAUGAGUGCCUAUAGAAGCUGUGGGCUGUCAGUACUACCCUGCCAUAGCCAAAUAGCAGAAGUUAGUAUGCAGUGCUAUUCUGUUGAUGAGAAAAAAAAUAAUAACGUGUUCUAACAUGUGUGUUAUGAGAGUAAACCAGGAUAACAUUGAAAAGGAACAUUCUGUGGUAUGGUUUAACCUCACUGUGUUGAACUUGGUUCUGCCCUAUAACAGUAUGUAGUUAAAUCUGUCUGUAACAUUUCCAUUGUCGACUAAACCAGUGGCUGAAAUGCCCCAACCCCCUUUAUUUCCCAAGGCACUGUAGUGAGUGUAUGAUAACCUGCAGCUUUUUUUUUUAUCCUAGUGCAUCAAUAUGAGUAUUGUUUUGAAAUUCUCUUUUUUCAUCUUUAUCAAUAACUUUUUAUCUGUCAAGUAUGGUAAAAAAUUAAAGAUGAUGUAAAUGAAUGUGAUUAUUUUUUACAAAAUGUACAGACUAUGAUGUUGUAUAGAUUAAUGUGUGUAAAUAGAUUUCCUUUUCAUACUGUAAUUCACUAUAUGUUUCUUCUAGUUUUGCUCUUUUGGUCUUUUUUGUUUUCAGUUUUUAAUGUCACCUACCUAACAAACAGCCUUCUCUAAGAUAUGUUAUAUAUAAAGCUGUGAACAAAUAAGUGUUUACAUCUUUAUGCUAUUAGAGAUAAUAGUGGUUAAUAACACCAUAAUGGACUGAAGAGGAGUCAGAGAAUAAAAAUUCUAAUGGUUUUGCACAGAA